UGAAGGAUGUGCUAGAUAUGGAAUGUCCGCACGAUGCUCAGUUGUUUGAUCCGAACAGUAACAGUACGCAGGCAUUUCUUCGGAAACUUGCACAUUUUCAAAGAUGGUACCAGCCAAUUCACGGAUAUGUAUGUGUGCUCAUCUGCGUUUUUGGUAUCUUCACCAAUUUUGUGCAUGUGGCAGUUUUAUCGAGACCCAACAUGCGCAAUUCGGCCGUCAACUGCAUACUGACAGCAGUGGCUGUCUGUGAUAUCGGAACAAUGGCAUCCUAUCUCAUUUAUAUUAUACAUUUUGUCUUACGACGAAAUAAUUCCUGCACUCCAACGUUCACUCAUUCUUGGUUACAAUUCCUAUUGUGGCAUGUUGUUUUGAGCAUCACACUACACACAACUUCUUUAUGGCUCGCUGUGGCGAUGGCGUUCAUUCGGAGGAUGACAUUAAGGGUUACCGCUUUGAAUAGUCAAUGGCAACGACCAAAGUUCGCAUGGAAGUUGUGCCUGGGAAUCUAUAUGGUCGUAUUUGUACUUUGUAUUCCAAAUAUGCUGGUCCACGAAAUCGCCCGUGUAGAAGGAAAUGACUGGCGACCUGGCAAAACGUGUCAAAAAUUUGCAUCGAACUACUCUGAACCGGUGUACACUUUUAUGGUCAGCCACGCGGCGACUAUCAACAAUUGCCGGUUGUUUAAAUGGAAUAUUUGGAUGAUUGGAAUUCUGUUCAAGAUCAUUCCAUGUAUUCUGCUAAUUUUCUUGUCUUUCGGCCUUGUAUCAAAGAUUAGAGACGCAGAAAAGCAUCGGAGGAAACUAACGAGUGUUCCGUCAAAUGCAUCAACAGAUUCAAAACCAUUGAAAAAAAAGAAUGGAACAUCAGAUAGAACCACAUUGAUGCUUGUUGUUAUUUUAUUGGUAUUUUUAAUAACGGAGUUUCCACAAGGAAUCAUCUCGAUUCUUUGCGCAAUUUUUACUACAGACGUUCAUAGAUACCUCUAUUUCUACAUUGGUGAUGUUCUUGAUCUCCUAUCGCUUGUCAAUUCCUCUGUAAAUUUUGUUUUAUAUUGUGUGAUGUCUUCAAGAUACCGGCAGACGUUUUGGGAAGUUAUCAUUCCUUCGUGGGCUUGUGGAUUGUGGACGACCCGUCGUGGUUCUCCGACGGAACUUUCACAGCUUCAGUUGAACAACAGCUUACGACUAGGAAGAAAACAAAGCUAUACGCCACUGGCAACUGAACCGGAACCAGCACGCAAUGAGUAUUGGCGGUAUGAAGCUUCCGUGUCGGACAAUCAGAACAGCAGUAGAGAACAUCAACUUUAAAUUCCAAUUUUUUCGAUCUCGGUACAAAUUCCCUUUGCAGAUUUUUUGUGAUAUCUUGCUCAUUUUCAUAGCUUUCGCAUUUUCUAUUCUAUUCUUGUUACGGGUACUUUUUGUUUUUUAUUAAUUCAGUUUUUAUAUAAAUCAAUAUGGUUUACAAAAUUAUUAAAUUAUUCACGGCGCCGUGAAAA